AUGGCAGAAAUAACAGAGGAAUCGCCAACAGUAUUUCAAUGCGUGAAUUGUAGAUCAGUAGUUGGUGAUUCAUAUGCAUGGUCUAUAUCACAUAGAGAAAAUAAUACAAUUACAUUAUCUGAAGUUCCAGAAGAUAGUAUCAUAGAAUCGGAAGUAGAGGAAUGUACACCUCAUGGUAAUUUUACAGAAAUAUCAUGUAAGCAUUGUAAAGGAAAUUUGGGUCGUAUUUAUAAAUCGACACCGAGACGGUUGGACGAUAUUCGUGAUAUGUUUACAUUUAAUCUUGAUAAUAUUAUAUCAUAUCAGCUUGGUCCAAAAAAAUCACGAUCUAUUCAAUCGGUUAAUGGUAUUUUUGGUUCCUCUAUUGAUAUGGAAAUACAGAAUGAAAUUAAUAAACUUAAAAGUUUUACAGUUGCUGUUUUUGAACAAGUUGAAGAACUUCAAAAUCGAAGUACAUUUUUGGAAACUGAAUUACAAAAAGUUAAAAAUUUUAGUCUUGAUCUUUUAGCUAAUAGUGACGAAUAUUCUUUUCACAAUGACCAUUCCGAUUUCUCUCGAAAACAAACCCUUUCUCAUGUUAGGGUACCUUCAUCUACUUCUGAUUCACAUGAACUUGCACAUCAUCUUCGUAAACGAUCACAUGGCAUUGAAUAUAAUUUAAAGCGUCUUUCAAAUAUAGGUUAA